AAGUCAUUUUUACAGGAAAGCUCACCCGACAGAGACCAUCCUAUCCACCAAGAACCUUAAUGAAUUAUAGAAUUUCUUUUUCGUGAAUCCCAGUGUUUCUUUUACAGUUUCUGAUUCCAAAUGAGAAUAUACAUUUUCCUGUGUUUGAUGUGCUGGAUAAGACUUGGGUAUUUAAAUUUGCCAUCGAAAAGCAAGAGAGUUUAUAAAAAUCUUGAGAAUAAGAAAACAUGUCUUGAAUUCUCAAAAUUAAAUGUAAUGACUUCCUUAAGAGAUUUAUUUUCCCCCAAACUAAAGAUAAUUCUGAUGUUGUACUCAAGGGACAGUGUAAGCUGCGCAGAACCUCUGUUUGAGUCUAAUAACUCUCUCAAUGUCCGUUUCAACCCGUCAAAGAAAACUAUCUGCAUCAUUCAUGGAUACAGACCCCUGGGCUCCAUCCCAGCAUGGCUUCAUAAGUUUACCAAGGUGUUAUUGAAACACGAAGAUGUGAAUCUCAUUGUUGUAGACUGGAACCAGGGUGCUACAACAUUCAUUUACAAUAGAGCUGUUAAAAACACCAGACUAGUUGCUAAGUAUUUGAGUGAGUCAAUUCAAAGUCUUUUGAACCAUGGAGCAUCUCUUGACAAUUUUCAUCUCAUAGGCAUGAGUUUAGGGGCUCAUAUUAGUGGUUUUGUAGGAAAACUAUUUCACGGUCAACUUGGAAGAAUUACAGGCCUUGACCCAGCUGGACCACAAUUCUCUGGGAAACCAUCAGACAGUAGAUUAGAUUACACAGACGCAAAGUUUGUAGAUGUCAUCCACACUGAUUCCGACGGUUUAGGCAUUCUAGAGCCAUUGGGACAUAUAGAUUUUUACCCAAAUGGAGGAAGAAAACAGCCAGGUUGUCCUACAACAGUUUUUUCAGGAGUUAAUUACAUAAAAUGUGACCAUCAGAGAGCAGUUCACUUGUUUAUUGCAGCUUUUGAAACAAAUUGCAAUUUUGUUUCAUUUCCUUGUACGUCGUACAAAGAGUAUGAGAAUGGUUUAUGUGUGGACUGUAGGAACCAUUAUGGAAACACCUGUCCUAGGCUUGGUAAUCAGGCUCAGCUAUGGAAAAAAGGUUUGAAGGAAAGAAUGGAAGGAUGGCCUCUCAGGACCACUGCGUUUUUGGAUACUAGCGCCCAAAGUUCAUUCUGUACCUAUUAUUUUGUUCUCAGUAUAGUUGCUUUGGAUGGAACUAUAAAGGACGGCUCAAUUUCAUUUAGUUUAUUAAACAACCUUCAGAGAUUUGAAUAUCCUAGGCUCUAUGUGAAGAGCAAACCAUUUGAUAAUCUUCAAGGAGUCAAGAUCCUUGCUCAGUUCAUAAGGGAUAUUGUGAACAUUUCAUGCAUAUAUGUAACAUACUUACAUUCCCCUGAUUCCUGCUGUUCCACGUGCCAAUACAGAGUGCAGAGUCUUGUGUUAAAGUCACUUACACACCCAGAAAGACCACCAUUUUGUAAAUAUAAUUUUGUACUUAAAGAAAAAAUCAAGACCGAACUUCUACCAGAAGCCUGUAAGACACAGAUGGUGUGAGAGCCUUCUUUUACCAGGUUUAAAACUGUGAACCAAGUAAUUUCUCAAAUACAACAAUGUAACCGCCAUUGUUUUAGAAUAAACUAUUCAAUCUGUAAUUCAGGUGUGUCUAUCAUUUCUUAUUUUGGAUUCUUUAAAAUAAUAUACAUUUAAUAAAAAGUAUUCUGAAUA